AUGGCUCUAAAGCAGACGCUGACGAAGAAGCCAGCGUCGAAGUUGACCAACGGGAAGGCAUGGGCGUCGACUCCCUAUCUUCGGAACGGCCACAAAGCCCCUCGAGUUGACCGGCUUAAAUGGAAGCGGACCUUACAAGCCCUGGCAGGCUUGACGGAGAAAGACGCCGUCGAGCUUCUCAUGCGGGACGGCCUCUUGCCGACUUGGGAAGGAGCCAGCUGUCCAUUCUGCACACAGGGUAUUGUGGGCCCAGUGCAGGAUAGAGACUCGGGGCUUCCACGCUAUCGUUGCCGACGGCGGAAUUGCCACAAGUUUAUCACGCCGCAGCACUUGCAUCCUUUCUUCUCAGCAACCCGGGGGCCAGAAGGACGGACGCUUGGCCUCCAGGCGGGUCUGCUGCUACUACUUCUUGCUGGCGCACCAUCCAGUAGUAAACUCAGUAGUAUCCACCUCGUGACCCAAGUCAACCACAAAGUCGUGGAGCGUCUGCGCAAGAGCUUGGCAUUUGUUCGCAAAGCUUUUGUGGAGCAUGUCCAAGCCGGCAUGGUCUUUGGUGGUAGGAAGAACGCUUGGCAGGAUGUGGAAGUGGACGAAACCUCUUUCGACAAGAAGCUUGUUCCCAUGGAUGAGAUUGAAGGACCAGAACGGAACAUGAAGUGGGAGCAGUGGGUCGGAAUGGUGCAGCGAGGCAAGCCGACCUCACUCGUUCUUCUUCGUCUCUCUUCGAAGCUAACCAAGAAGAGAUCGCCGGGGCCGGGCCCUAUUCGGAAGGAUGAAUGGCGCACCAUCGCAGACAAGUGGCUGAAGGACAAGCAAAUCAUUCUACACACAGACAGUGCGAAAGCGUACAAGCAAAAGGUUCGUGGAGUACACCAUGGGUCAGUCAUCCACCAGAAGAAGCGCAUCAAGGUUCGGUGGUGUGUGGACGUGGCAGCAGCCGACGUACGUCAAGCUCAAGAAAAUCACCCUUCCUACCGGACGAAAGCUGACUGUCAAGGUUGGCACGCAGAUCGUCGACCGCUCUUGGAAGUUCAUCAGGAGCCGUUUGAGGUUGAACCAACAUGUCCAGACGGGCUCAGCAUACAUGCAGGCAUGCAUCAGAUCCGCUCAGUACGACUGCUGGCACCGUGGCCAGGACCUCUGGACGUGCACGGGUGA